AUGGGUCAGUGCGUUUCCCAACCGCUUGUGCUCGACCAAGCAGCGCAAGAAGAAGAAACAGAAGAAACAGAAGUCAAAAUUGAUCUCCGCAAGGACGAACUUUUGCUCUCCCCUCGAGGUUUGCACGGUGUCUUCGACGGCGUGUACGUCGAUCCGAAACUUCUGUCGAAACAGUUGAAGCAUUUUCGCGUUGAAAUCCAAAAGAAAAAACUGGCGCCGUUUUGGCCCGCGGAAGACGAGGAGACCGAAAAGAGCUUCGAGUUCUGCCCGAUAUGCGCGUGUUACUACAGAAGCGUCAAUGUGACGAAGUGUUGCCAGUUUAAACUGUGCUCGGAGUGCCACGCGAGAAACGUGAACGGAUUUCUGUUUAGUUUUAAAGCUUCCCAAGAGAACAACAACAACAAGAAAGGUCAACACGCGAAACCGACGUGCGUGUGCUGCAGGAAAGAAGACUACAAGGUGUCGUAUCGAGGCGUGCAGACGAGGAAAGAGCGAGAGCAAAUCGAGAAAGAGCAAAAACAGGUCGAGAUAUCUUUGGAGCGCGCGAAAGUUGGCGUCGAGGAGGAGACGAGGCGGCGGCAAUCUUUGACGCGGGAGGGAAAAGGCGACGGAGGGGAAGUGCCGAAAGGAUGGGAGGAAGAGUACAGCAUGGCGAGGUUAGCGGAGGAAGGUGGGAGCCCGAGAGCGAGAGAGGAAGUCGCGGAGAGGAGUUUUGGUAGGGUAGCGUGGGAUAGUAACGGUAGAAAUAGUAGUAGUGCUUCGUCGUUGACGCCAAGCCAGAGGAUUUCGUUGCUCCGGGGGAGAAGCGAAAUGUUUUCGGAAAUGUACGACGCUUUGUUCGACGACGACGAAGAUAGAGGGAGUCAGAGAAGUCGGAGAAGUUUGGAUUUGGGUUCAAGAAGGAAUUCACAAGACUUUCGAAGGAAUUCGGAAGAGUUCUAUCGGCGAGGCGUGCUUCCGCCGUUCGAGUCGGCUGAGAACGCGACCAACGCGGCCAUCACCACUGGUAACGCUCGACAACAGCAACAACAACAACAACAACACUCACGCCGUUUAGUGCAAGACUUUCGAAACAUGACGAAAGUGAAGGGGAAGUUCAUCAACACCAAAUCGGCAACCUCGAGGAAGGAUAUGAAAAUAACAGCGAAACCGAAGAAGCGUCCGAUGUGGGGGAAGAGGCGCCGAAUGGAAGAGAAAAUAACGAGGACAGAGAAGAAGUAG